AUGCCCGGGCGCCGGCGUCUUCCAGCGGGGUCGCGAACUGACCUCCCGCCCUUGAAAAUCAUCCGCAAGAUCGUCCUGCUCCAAGCGGCCUAUUAUGUCUGCGCCACGGUUCUCAUUCUCUUCACGACGGUUGUCUACGGCACACCUUUCUCGCUGAACCUCGUUUUUGGAUGGGAUUACUUGCGGGGUGACACGACGGUUGGGUGGAUGCUUGGACUGGUUUGGAUGUUGAAUUGCUUCAUCAGCGUUAUCUUUCUUCUUCUUUUCGUUUCUCGCUCCAAACUAGUCCCCGACUUCGCCCUUACGAUUCACUUCUUGCAUCUCAUUGCCACCACGCUCUACACCCACUCUCUCCCUACAAACCUGCUUUGGUGGGCUCUGCAGUUUUCCAGCGCUGCUAUGAUGACCUUUCUCGGCAUGUGGGCAUGCCAGCAUCGAGAACUCAAACCCAUCACCUUCGGCGGGUUUGGGAGCAGCAGCCAGGAAGGCUCGUCGUCACAAACAAAUGGCGCCGAUAGUCAGGCCGAGUCCAGCUUUGGUCGGGGCCGCGGCCGUGAGCGCAGCCUUCAGGCUGGAGAAUACGAAAUGGACGAUAUGAGGGAAACUGGUGAACGUGCUGUAUGA